AGGAGCCAUCACGCUCCGAGGAAGCUUCAUACUCAAUAUCCCUUCUGCAUAUUAUUAUAUAGAUCCGAGUUAUGAUUGUCAACUAGAAUUAGAAUAUAAGAACAACGCUACUAUACGAUAGAUAGAUAGGUACGGACACAUCGGGAGGGGUUUUUAUUUUUUUAAUAGUUAUACAAAGACAAACCCCGCCGUCAAUCUUGAAUAUCCUUGUCUCGCAUCCAAGACAACUACUUCCUACAGACGCUAGCCAGCCAGCGCAACAUCAUCCGAUUAUUCAUAAUACAACCAAAGAUCCCUUAAACCCACCUAAGAGACCGACGUCAUGGCAGCCGAGGAUCGUCCGCGGGUCCUAUACGCAGAUUCGGGCCCGGAGCCUCCGUACCCGUUGCGCAUGGAAGGCACCGUCAUAUCCGGCUUCGGUCGCGGGUCCAAAGAGCUCGGCAUCCCAACAGCCAACCUCCCCGUCGACUCGGUCGCCACGCCCUGGAUCGCCAGCGCAAAGUCAGGAGUGUACUUCGGCUACGCCGCACUGGCUCUACCGUCAUCUCAUCCCGACCGACAAGACACCACCGACAGCCAACCCCAAGAACCCCGCCAUCGCUCUAACCCCCGCGCCGCCACCAACGCGCCUCCUCACACGACCAUAACAUCCGUCAGCACAUCCUCCGAGACCUUCCCCUCAUUCUCAUCAUCCGCCUCCUCAUCUCUCGCGACCAAAGAGGCAUCGCAACAAAAGCGCUGGCAGAUCUAUCCCAUGGUAAUGUCCAUCGGCUACAACCCCUUCUACAAGAACUCCGUGCGCUCCGCCGAAGUGCACGUGCUGCGCGAAUUCGGCGCCGACUUCUACGACGCGCCCAUGCGCCUGCUGAUCCUCGGCUUCGUGCGCGAGGAGCGCGACUACGCCUCCCUCGAGGCGCUUAUCACCGACAUAAACAUAGACUGCGAGGUAGCGCGCCAGAGCCUCGCGCGCCCCGCCUGGACCCCGCGCCAAGGCACCGCGGACGGCGUCACGGGCGAGUUUGACGGCUCUUGGCUCGUUAGGGAGUCAUAGGGAUAGACUACCUACCUAUGUACCGUGUUGUUGGGAUACUUCUCUAUCAACCUACAUACGUAUAUACGAUAUAUCCUAUUUUCUUACUUACCUACAUAGGCAAUAUAUCAUAAGCAUGCGACAUGGGUAAUGCGAUCAGGAGGG